GAUUACCGACUAGGAAUUUCGCCUACAAGUUCCGACGUGCUUUCCUCAGUGUAAGUUUGAAAAACCCUAGCUAAACGAUUCCGGAUUUCCCAAUUGUCAGAUCUCGUACGCUGCUCGAAAGAGAAGCCAGAAAUGGACAAGGAUCUCUUAGAUAUCUCUGGAGAAGACGACGAAGAUAAUUGGCUUCUGAAAAAUACGCCGAAGAAAGUUAUUUCGGGACGAGAGAAGAGUUAUUUGAAUUGCUCACCUCUCCAAAUCCCUAGAUCUAGUCAUAUCGUUCCUACUCGGCCUCCUUUUUCCCCAAUUGGAAGAGUAACUGGUACCAGCAACAACAUAGAGCAGCCAUGCGCUUCUGUUGAUACAGAUAGUGUAGGAAAGGAGAAUUCUAAAGUUGAAUUGCCCAAAUUGAGUGUGGAGCGACAACAGAUGAAGAAGAAGAAAAAGAAUGCAGGAUUUAAUUUGCGCAAAAGUUUAGCAUGGGAUAGAGCUUUUUCAACAGAAGAAGGUGUUUUGGAUUCAUCUGAGCUAUCUAAAAUAACUGGAACUGCUUGCCAAUUUGGUGGAGAUCGGUUACCUGCCAUUCAAGAAGAGUUCAAAGAGUCAAUGUCAGCUUCCAAAUGUACUAGUGUUUCACCAGGACUACAAGCACUUGAAGAAAACUUAUUUAACGACUUGCCUGUGAAUAGUAAAAACAGAGAGAAGAAGCUUGUCAGUGCCAUAAUGCCCAAGUACGCAUCACCAUCGCCCAAACCUGCAAAUGUGCAUACAACAACAUCACGUAGCAGGGAGCUGAGCAUAUGUAAAGCUCCUACUACCAAAUCUGAGCCACUUACAGUUGCAAAUAACAUGAAAAGGAAUACUCAAAGUCCAAGCAAAGCGAAAAAAAGUCAACCUACUCAACUAAAGAAUUCUCAGAGGAGCUUAGGAUCUGAAAGCUUCUCUAAAAACACUUCAAGCACCAAGAGUAAAACAAAAUCCAGUGUGGCGAGUAAAUCUUCAAUUCCUAGGCCCUCUCUUAAGCAAGCUAGAAGAAAUGUGAUCAGCAAAACAUCAGAAAUUCCUUCAGUAUCCAACUCACAGCAUUCUGUUGUUGCAAAGUCCAACGUUGGCCCUAUGACUGCAUCAGAUGUGGCUAUGUUUGGUCCUGCAUCGGAUAUUCCAGAGUCCAAUGUAAUUUCUCCGGGAACCUCGUUAACUCAAAGUUCUUGCAAUAGACUUGGAAACACGCAGUCCGCAGUUUCACGACUGGGAAAGCCAUCAGGCUUAAGAGUGCCAAAACCUUCAAUUGGCUAUUUCAGUCAGUCUGACUCUCAACCGUCGCACAGCUCAGGAGACAAACAUGGUCAGCUUCCCAGAUCUGAUGUUUCUUCAGCCUCUCAUAUUUCUUUGAUCCCUACCUUCAAGAAACCUCUAGUUGCUGAAAAGCUUCCUGGUGUCAAAUCCAAGGCAGCAACUGGACUUUUUGGCAGUUCAGGUUCAGCUGCAAGAUUCUCUGCUCAAUCUAUAUGUCUCAAACCUUCACAAGAAAAGGUGAAAGUGGACUUGCAAAGCACUCAGGAAGUAGAAUCCAAUGAGUUGUGUUGUUCAUUGAGUUCUCAGAUAAAUGAAAAUCUGCAGCACCAAUUUGCCAUUCAAGGUGAUACUGGAAAGUUAGUUCUGGAUGAUGUAACUUAUUGUACAUCUGAGAAGAAUUCUACUGCAAAGUGUCAAGAAUUCCAGAGUAGCAGUGAGCUACCGCCAUUAGGCUGCAAAAAUAAUGUGCAGGAUGGUAGUAAUAUGUCUGACGAUAAGAGUGAUGAGAAAAGGAAGUCUUGCCGCUCAGUAGAAGAAUACUGUGCUUUACCGCUGAAAGAUUCUAUGGAUCUUCCAAUGCAGGGUCCUCCUUCCGAUGAGUUGACACUGUUUGAUAACUACUCACAGUUGAAAGUUAGCAAUCUGGGGGAAGAAGAUAUGUGUACUACCAUUGAUUUUAGUGGAGAUUUUGAUACAUUGGAUGUACAUGGACAACCUCUAAAUGAAUGCGUGCAACCUGGAAAUGAAGACGAGAUUAUUCCUUGCCUUUCUGGAGAAAAUGAUGCUUUAAUUGUGUAUCAUUCUACUGAAAAUGUAGCAAAGCAGCCUGAGGUUUUGGAUUCCGUCACUGCAGACCCAACUUUCUUUGAAGAUUUUGCUUCAAUAAAGGGUGAUGUAGACGAUCUAUCGUCUUCAGAAAAUCAGUUAGGUAAUACCAAAUAUGUUUCCGUACCUUUGGGGCCUUCUGAAGCACCAGAUUGUGUUCAAUCACCGUGCAAUCAUCUUGAGGAAAAUGCGGUGGCGAACUCUAUUUUGUGUGAUCAUAACAUGGUGUGUGAUGGUCAAGCUGUAUUAGAAACGGAGAAGAGAAUUGAAAUAAGCGAAAGCACAGAGACAAAAUGUGAGGCUGAUUUCAUUGGUCCAAUUUCCGAAUGCAAAGACUGGUUUAGAGAAUCUGAAGAACAACAUUUGUCGGGCCAAUUAGUCCUUGAGGUCAAAGAGGGUGGUCAUGAGAUAGAUGUCUUGAUCAGAAAUGAAGGAGCUGAUGGGCCUGGUAGGCAGAUAGAAUGCUUUACUGGUUCUUCUGAUGCUGACAACAUGGAACAAGUGAAAUCACUAAGGCCUUCCUCCGUUGAAGUUAGAAUGGAGAUUAAACCUCUGGAAUCAUCUCAUGAACCCUUCUCUGAGAAAUCAACUUCUGAAAAGCUGAGGCAAUACAAUUGUUCCAGCAGUGAAAAUUCAUCUGAUGUAAAUGAUGGUUGUGUAAUGCAACAGGCGGAUCAACUUGGAACAUUAGUUGGUUGUUCUCCAGAAAAAGACGCAUCUUCUGCUGUUUUCUCUUAUUCAAAUGAGGAGCUUGAAGAUUACUCUGAGCUGGAAGACAUGGAUUUGGGUACAGACUCAGAUUGUUCAGAUGAGGAGCCUGAGGAUAAUUUGGAGCGGACAGAGGUGCAUGGGGUUACUGAUCCUGUGCUCAUUAGUGACCUUGAUGAGUUUUCUGUCAAGGGCAUUCUUAAUCAAGAAUAUCCCCAAGAAGAAGAUUUCCAUACUGCAUCAGACCUGUGUGGAAAAACUAAAACUCUACUAAGUGAAUCAAUCAGUUCCUCGGAUUCUAUAUUUGGAGAUCCUGAGUGUCUAAAUGAGGGCACAGAUUUUUCCAGAAUCUCUGAAGGCAUGUCAAAAGAGGAUUCAAAUUCUGGACGUAUUGAGCAUAAAUAUGUUGUAAAAGCUGAAUACCAGAUAGAUGCUACAAAGGAUUUCAGUGCACAGGUUACUGGUCAAGAACUCGUCCCCGAUGAACGAGAGGAAGUUAAAGUUGUAAAGAUCUCUCCUGCUCCUGUAGUAUUUGCGCUCAGAGAGGAAGAAUCAGGAACUCCUAUACCAACAAAAGAGACUUUCUCAGUCAGAGAUGAUAAGCAGAUUAAUGAGUUCAAUAUACUCAGCGAUGACAUUUUGACAUCAGAAACCGAUGCAUCAGAAGGCAAGGAGAAGAUGAUACUACUGGAUACGAAACUUGAGAAGAAACCUGAUCCUAUAAUUGUAAAGCCUCCAAAUGCUGUUCCAUUUUCUGAUGAGUGGUUAGCUGCAAUUGAGGCUGCUGGGGAGGAAAUCUUAACACUGAAAAGUGGACGUGUGCAACAUUCACCAACCGAGAAAUCUGCUCCUGAACCAGGUCCUUGGUCUCCGGUCAAGAAGAAGAGCAAUCAAGUUGUAGGACCAUUUGACUGUACAAAGUAUAAUAACAAAGGUCUUCCUCCUGCUUUUGACUGAAGAAAACUAGGUUUCUUCUACCUUAACCAUUUUUAUUUGUUUUUUUUACCCUUUUAUCAUAACUACGAGGAGGUAAAACUUUGUUGAAAAACGCUCACUUUAUGAUUUUGUAUACCUGAGAAAUAAAAUAUGUAGAAAGCA